AGAGGGGCGCAACAAUACGAGUUGGAGGGAAAAGCAGUUGAAGGCGGAGGUGCUGGUUUGUGUGGCGAGGGGAAGUCAAUUCUGUGCAGUGCAGGACUCAGAUUACUAGCUGGUAGUACAAUUCCAGUACUUGUGUCUUGUCUUGCUUCGGGCCAAAUAACAAGGGCAAAAACCAUCGGCGCGCCGAGGUUCAGGGUACUGACGAACAUCGUGGAGGAAGAAGAGGGAGAAGCAGGUAAAAGGAGGAGUGAGGGAAACAAGAAGAGGGAUUUAAAACAGGCAAAUGCUGCCUCAGGCAAGGAAACUGUGAAAUAGGCGAAGGAAAGCAACCAAGAUGAGUGGGGCUCGUUGCUGUGCUACUAGCAGAACGUGGUAGACUGUCUGCUCGGACGAACAGAAUAAAGCAGUUUUUUGGGGUUGAGGAGGGUGUACGUUAUAGCCCCCUCCCUACCGCAAGAACCGCCAUACUUGGAAAGCACAUUUUGUGGUGUUUUGUGUUUAGUAGCGCUGCGCGAACUGAAGAAGUGAAGCGUGUGGUUGUAGGUGAGGCCUGUGUUUAUGUGUCCAGGAGUGUAAGUGCUACGUAAGCCCCAAUAUGUAUAAACUGUUAGGAGGCCUCAAGGACUACCUCAAAUGGCAGGACAUAGUGACAGACAACGCAGUGUUCAGGCUUCACAACUUGUUCACCACAGUGUUACUGCUCACGUGUUCUCUUAUCAUAACUGCCACGCAGUAUGUCGGCAACCCCAUACAGUGCAUUGUCGGCAAAGGGCUUCCUACCCAUGCGAUCAAUACGUACUGUUGGAUCACGUCCACUUUCACGAUGCCCGACGCCUACCUCAGGGAAGUAGGCAGUCAGGUUGCACAUCCAGGCAUUGACAAUGAUUAUGGUGAGGAAGAUCACAAAAAAUAUUACACGUACUACCAGUGGGUGUGUUUUGUGUUGUUCUUCCAAGCACUUCUGUGUUAUUUGCCGAAGUAUAUUUGGGACACGCUGGAGGGCGGGCUCAUGAGAUCCAUCGUCAUGGGACUGAACAUCGGGAUAUGUCGCGAGGAGGACAAAUGCAACAAGAAGAAGGUUCUCCUAGAUUACCUUCUGCGUCACGUACGGAGACACAACAUGUAUGCCAUCCGCUACUGGAUAUGCGAGGCGCUGUGUCUGAUCAACAUCAUUGCGCAGCUCUACUUCAUGGACCACUUCUUUGAUGGCGAGUUCUUCAGUUACGGGCUGCGUGUCAUGUCCUUCUCAGAGCAAGCGCAGGAGGAGCGUGUUGACCCCAUGGUGUAUGUGUUCCCACGUGUUACCAAGUGCACAUUCCACAAGUAUGGGGCUUCUGGUUCCAUCCAGAAGCAUGAUUCGCUCUGUGUCCUUCCUCUGAACAUUGUUAACGAGAAGACGUACAUUUUCUUGUGGUUCUGGUUCAUCAUCCUGGCAACCAUGCUGUCACUGCUGGUGGUGUACCGAGUCGUCAUAAUAGCUGUACCAACUGUGAGACCGUACUUGCUUCAUGCACGCAACAGAAUGGUUCCUCGAGAAGUAGCUGCUGCAAUAUCGCGUAAGACGGAUGUAGGCGAUUGGUGGAUCUUGUAUAUGCUCGGCCGGAACAUGGAUCCAAUCAUAUACAGGGAAGUGGUUGCAGAGUUGGCCAAGAAAAUUGAGACAGCUGCCAGCAAUACACCCUGAAGUUCAAGCGAUAGUGACUGGAACUGAACAAGUGUUGUUGCCCAACAUUGGUAUUAAUUUUUGAUCCCCAGAAUCGUUAGUGCAGUGCCUUUUGUGGGGUUGCUGUGCUGUAAUCAAUUGCUCACCUUUCUCAUUUAAUACUAUUCAUGUUUGCAUUGAAAGAGAAUCUCAGUUUUACGAGAAAUAUAACCACUUGAUUAUAUGUGAUAUACAAAGUUUGGGGUACCAUGUUUUUAUACUUACUGUUUUACAUUAUAUUUAGUGGUACAGAUAAUUACAAAAUGGAAACAAGAGAAGACAAAAAUAUAAAAUAAUCAGUUAUUUGAAUAUGAGAUUAUAAAUUCCUGUAAAUAUAUAUGUUGGGGGUACAGGAAGUGUUUAUGAUUAAUUCUUUAUAUGAAAUUUAAAAUAAUUCUGGAUUCUGAGCUGCUUAUGGCACUGAAAUGAAGAUGAAUGUUUCAGGAUGUGAUGGUGCAUAUUCUGGCAGAAAGUUGCCAACGUUUCGGAGGACUCUGGUGCCUUCUCACAUUUUCAGGGCACGCUUCUGCACUGAAGUUGGAGGAAUUACCAGGUUCCUCUGAAACAUCGAAAACAGGCUAACAGACUACAUGGCAUCACAUUCCGUAAGACAGUCUAUCUUGCAGUGUAUCUUUUAUUGAAUCAUUUUUCAUUGACUUGAGAAAUAUAGAAUUGUUUGUUAUGACCAGUCAUACGUAUGUCACCAGUGUGCACCAGGACUUCCUGUUGGUGUAAUCAUGCUGGAGAGAAACGUGUAUCUUUACGUUCAGUUACAAUAUGCUGUAUGAGACUGGGGUGAUGUGUGUGUGGCGAAACAGUUGCUGUGUUCCUUAAAUUGUCUGUAAAUGUAAUAUUAUUAUUGUAGGGCAUGUCAUCCAAAGUAGAAUAAGAAAAAUAAUUUUAAAAAGACCAGCAAAGAGAGAAAUUCCCUUUCUCUCGUUUUCAGGUAGGUACAUGUUGAGAGCUGUCAUCAUGCUUCGCCAUAUUUAAUAUUUUUCAUUGUAGAUUAACACCACCACCAUCAGACACUGCCUAUAUUACAUAUAGUCAAUAUAAUUAAAAAAAUGACUUGUUUGAGAGGCAAAAAACUAUUGCAUUUUCUAUUUAUCAUUACAUAACUGAAUUUCUUCCAGAGAGAGUAUUAAUGAUGACACCUCUUAACUUAAGAACAUUGAGGAGCUUCCAUACUGUGUGUUCAAAAUGAGAAAGAAAUUCUGUUUCUACUGUAUAUGUAAUGAACAUUUUUAUAUGUAAUUUAUAUUAAACACAAAUGCAUGAUGAAGUUAAAAUUUACCUUUUGCGCCAAUAAGCUUGCAGUUUAUAUAUAUAUGUAUAUAUAUAUAUAUAUUGUAAGCAAUUUGUUAUUCAUGUGAUAAUCUAAGAAACGAAUAAGACUCGCCAUUUUCCUUCAAUUUUGAAUCGUUGUCUUCCUCGUGGAUUACAUUCCAACUGAAAUGUAAUAUUAUGAAUAUCUUUACAUUGGAACUGCACAGUAUUUUGAAUACAAUUUUAAUGAGACUUUA